AGAGAGAGAGAGAGAGAGAGAGAGAGAGAGAGAGAGAGAGAGAGAGAGAGAGAGAGAAUGGGGGAGAGAGAGGAGACUCCAUUAAAGCCACCACACUUUGUGCUCAUCCAUGGCAUAAGUGGAGGAAGUUGGUGUUGGUACAAGCUGAAAAGCAUGAUGUACAACUCUGGAUAUACGGUGACUUGCAUAGACCUCAAAGGGGCAGGCAUACAUCCUUCUGACCCUAACACAAUCCUCUCCUUUGAUGAAUACAACGAGCCUCUUCUUCAUUUCUUAUCUUCCUUGUCUCCACAUCAAAAGGGAGUUCCUGAUUUAUCCGAGUAUGGUGAUGCUUAUGACUUGGAAUUUGGGUUGGGUGUGAAUCAGCCUCCUACGAGUGCAAUUAUAAAAAAGGAGCUACAACGUAAAAUCCUAUAUCAAAUGAGCCCUCCUGAGGAUUAUACAUUAGCUUCGAUGCUAUUAAGACCAGGGCCCAUUUGUGCAUUACUAAAUGCUCAGUUUCCAGAAGUUAAUGAAUGUGUAGAAAAGGUGCCAAGGGUGUACAUUAAGACAAUGUAUGAUAGAGUAGUGAAGCCAGAACAACAAGACAACAUGAUCACAAAAUGGCCACCUUCACAUGUUUAUAGUUUGGAGAGUGAUCACAGCCCGAAUUUCUCAAGUCCUUUUGCAUUGUUUGGGUUAUUGGUUAAGGUUGCGGCUUCAAUUAGUUGUACCUAGAAGAUUUUGGUUUAGUUAGGCUUGAUUUUGUGUGGUUAAAAGAUAUCAUAAAGAUCCUAUACUUUAUUAUGAUGUAAUUUAUUUUGCUUGAUAAUAUGGAAGAAAAAAACAACACAAUAAACGUUUUAUAAGUUACUUUGGUUUUGAA